CCAAUCCCCACAAUUCGUUCCUGCCAGGGAUCUGAAACUCAGCAUGGACGAACGAAGUGAAGGCGUUCGCGAUGUUCCCGACGUCCAUGCAUGGCUGUUGGUGGAGAACUUUACGAUCAGCCGCAAGCUAUUGACCCAUUGUCUCAAUACGAGCGACGUCAUCUUUCCUGCCAGCCAUGCCCAUGUCAAGUUCUACGCGAACGCUGACCCUGUGCUUGUUGCGCUGAAGAACGUGUACAGCACCAACACCGACGACGACACCUCCUUGGGCGAUCCAGUGUCCUCUUACAGCCGCCUUCAAGACGUAGGACGCGCGGUGGUCGAUCUCCUCACCGAAGCAUGGACGUUGGAGCCCACGAACGUACUCAAGUGGCUUCUUGGCGAACUGGUCGAGGUCUACUCUGACGUCUUGAUGGGAAAAGUUACGUUUGACGCUUUGAACGACAUCCACGACUGCACCCGCCAGUUUGAUAUGCUAAUGGCGUCCAAUCCAUUAAAGCACGACAUUCGCAAGCUCAAGAAAUGCAAGACCAAAUUGAACUCGUUCGUGGAAAACGUGGUACAAGAUCAUGCCAACGCCUUGCCGGCUCGCUGGACCGUUGAUGUUAAAACACCACUUGACACUGCCCAACUCAACGCCGACAUACAAGCGUAUUACGACGGCCAUCAUAUUUCCACCACGGAGGAACAGCGCCGGAUGGGGAUUGUGCAAGCGUUGAAGCGCAGCAUUCGACGAAGUUCCGAGUGGCGCGCGGCAGAUUUGCAGCUCUACGGCAGCUCGCUGUCGACCAUGGGAACACAAGGAUGUGAUAUGGAUUUGUGUUUGACGUGGAAUGCUGCCGACCAUCCAUUUGUCUCUCUUAGCUCAUUGCUGGGCAAAGCUCGCCUUGCGCACGAUAAUGCGUUGCAAAAGCGUUCGAAUCAUGUGAUGGGGCUGGCCCUGUAUGACGACAUUCGAACUACCCACACAAAGCAAGUGGCUACGCUGGACAAGUUAUUGACAAGCCAGAGUAAAGCCUCUGGAGACAAACCUUCCAAGUUAAAAGAUUCGUAUAGGGCGAAAGCAUUAGCCAUUGUGCACGCCCAGUACUUUGUGGAUGCAUGCGAACGCUUUGUGCUGGCACUGGAUGCUUUGAAAGACACCCCCGCACCCCCAGACUCGAACGCUACCGAGUUGGCGGCAGCUGCACAGGAGCUCAAGCAUCUCAUGAGUCAGGACGGACAGCGCAAGAAGAAGCUGCAUCGAUUGACCUAUGUCCUGCAGAAAGCAGGAUGCAAAGUCAACAACGUGAUCGCGCACGCCCGGGUUCCAAUCAUCAAAUUUUUACACGUCGACAGCAACUUGGAAUGUGACAUUUGCAUGGAGAAUACCCUCGCCACGAAAAAUACCCUCCUGCUUCGAACGUAUGCGCUGUUUGAUAGCCGAGUGAGCCCGUUGGUGUUGGCGGUGAAACGAUGGGCGAAAAUGCGAGGCGUGAACGACGCGUCGCAAAAUACGUUGAGUUCGUAUUCGUAUGCGAUUUUGGUGAUUCACUUUUUGCAAAUCCUUCGCAUUUUGCCAAAUUUGCAACACCCGAGCUUGCUCUUAAAUAGCCCCCGCCAAACCCUGAACGGCCACGACGUGACGUUCUGCACCGAUUUCAUCGCUUGUCGGGCUUUUUUUCCAGUGGCAAACGUGGACUUGAGCGUCGGCGACCUCAUCGUCCGCUUCUUCGACUACGUGGCGACGUUCCCGUGGCUGACCAAAGUUGUGUCCAUCCGGAUAAAUGACAUGACAAAAAGCGAGCGAUGGGGUGGCGCGGCCAAAACGUGGCGCAUGAGCAUCGAAGACCCCUUCGAGUCGACGCGGGACUUGGGCAUUGUAUUGCAACCGCUCGGUCAAGAUAAAGUAUUGGCCGAGUUUCGACGGGCAAAGCAAGUGCUCGCGGCCACCCAGAGCUUUUCCGCCCUCAUUAUGGCCAAGGAGAAUGAAAAGCGAGCGAAUAAGUCACCUGACAAACCCCCUCGAGCAAGUCCCCGCUCGAAAUCGGACAAGACUGCCCCCCACGUACCGACAGGCCAGAUGAACCAGAUCGGUAAAGACAACGACGAAACCCCCGCCAUGAAAUCACCAAGGAAGCAUGCUGACGGGGGAGAACAUCAAGUGACGGGGGACGAAGAACGUUCCGGGAAAAGCAACGCCAAACAUCAGCCUUUUCAAAAGCCCAAUCGAAUGCCAAACAAGAAAAAGAAAAACAAACCCAACGGCGUGCCCAUAAUCCCUGGCUUGCCCACCACUUUGCCGCUGCCUCCCGCUGCUCCCGUCCAACUCGCAGUGGACCCCCCACGACCCCCACCUCCGCAACAACAGAAAAAGCAGCCAGCGGAAGGAGCUAAGAAGCGAAAUAUGGGGGAGCAGAACCGAGCGCACCCUGUUCAAGAGACUGACCAAGGCCCAAGUGACGACAGACAGACUAGAGGUAGGGAUCGCAAAGCCAAAAAGUCGUCGUAUCGCCUUAAGCAAACGACACCCCCGUCGACUUAGAAGGGAGCAAGCGUAGUUGUGUGUACCAAGGGGUUGCCUAAACUAGUAUAUAAUAAUACGCAACUUGAAACUGAA